GCCGGCCGAGAAUGGGCGGCGGCGGGCCGAGGCGCCCAGCGCCCCCGCGCGCGCGGGUGGCUUGGGGUCCAGACUGGCGGAGGCGGCGUCCGGGGACUGCGCGGACCCCAUGGGCUGCUGCUCCGGCCGCUGCGAGCUCAUCUUCCUCUGCACUUUCCAGCUGUACGCGGUGUGGGCGACCACCUGGGUCACCUGGAACAUCUUCAUUAUCUGCUUCUACCUGGAAGUGGGGGGACUCUUGAAGGACAGCGAGCUCCUGACCUUCAGCCUCUCCUGGCACCGGUCCUGGUGGCGUGAGCAUGGCCCGGGCUGCCUGCGUGAGGAGCCAGAAGCUGGCCUGGGGCCCCCGGAUGGACAGGCCUUGGUGCCAGGCAUUGGCUGUGCCCUGGAGCACGGCCACGCUGAAGCCCUGCACAGCGCCCUGCAGAUCCUGUUGGCGUCAGGAUCCCAGCAAGACCGAGAUGGUGCACUUAGCUCGUGGACUUCGUCUAUGCCUGCCACGUGGUCAGCGUUUUCACCGAGGAGGACAGCUGCCUGCAUAAGUAAAGAAGCACCAAUCCCUCCCGUGUGCAACCUCCAGGCCCAGGGACCACCAAAGACUGCGGGGAGACUCACCUGGCCUCCCUACUCUCAGGGCCCUGCAGGUGGCCAGAGCAUCUGCCCCCGGGGCCAGGUGAUUGGACACCAGCCAGGGCAUCAGGGCCAGUGCCAGGUUUCGGAUGGCUAACUUCAAAACAAUUUAUAAUUUCCUUUUUCUUAAAAAAAAAACAAACCCAGAGAAGACACAGAAGCCUCCAGCAGCGCCGGCCUGGGACUGCUCUCCGACAAGCCCACCCUGGGUGCCUACGCCAGCCCCAGGCCCCCUGAGGCUGCACACCCCGUGGCUGGGGGAGGGG